CUAGGCAACGAACAAGAAGUGGACAUGGCUAUCCCUGAUGACAACGAGAUAGAGGUGGAAAUUAUUGAAGUCCAAAUGGAUGAGGUAAUGAUGGACAUAAAUGAAGAAGACCCAUUGCAACCCGAGGAAGUGGUACAAGGUGACAUUGAGUUUGUGGAUUUACUGCCUGCUGACGCAGAGGCAGUAUUUGAAUUCAGGGAUAUAUUUGACGUUUUACUACCAGGCGUCGAUGAAGAGUUUGUGCCGAUUCCACCGGGUGUUCCCAGAGCGCACGUGCCCAUGAGAGACCGUCUGGCUGGCAUUCAAUAUGAACUUCCAGAGCGCCAUGACAUUGGACCAUUGGAUGCCGUCUGCACGCAAUGUGGUGCCCGUCAUUUCUCUUGCGAACGUGUAAACAGAAAUCAUUUUACAACGUGUUGUAAUAACGGUCAAAUGGAGAGCGUGUGUUGGGUCAACCACCAGAGUUAUUAA